AUGACCGUUACCCAAACCACCACUGUCACUCUUGAGUCUCCGACAACAUUGAUGUCUGUGACCAGUGCUGUAACCAGUAGCAGUGCCCAAACACUGCUGUUGUCGACUGUGGAUAUCCCCAUUGACUUUGGGACAAGCGAGCCGAACUCGUCAUUAAUUACUGGUCUUUGUAUUGGUCUACCGGUGGCAGUGAUUGUGAUUUUGUUGCUUGUAAUCGUCGUCCACGCAUACAGGGAAGAAUGGCUGCUCCAGCAAACUAUCAAGUCAUGGUUCCAGCGCGAUAAAGUCGAAGACAAUCCGCCUAAACUGGUAUAUCUUCCCUCAUAUUGCGAUGGAGGCGUUCCGCUGAAAAACCAAACACAACUGUCGCUCAAGCUUCCCAUGGGGGAUCCCUUUACCGACACUGUUGCUUUACCCUCACCAGUGGUGAUCAAGCAAAGCCCUGCUAAGAUUACGACGUUGACGAGAGUUAAAGAUCGAUUGUCUCGCUUAGUCCAUAUUCAAGACUUUAGUGACCUUCAGUCGGGCUCGACGAAUGGAGCUCUUAUGCAAGCCUCUGGAGGGGUUCCAUCAAGAAAUCCACAAAUCGAAACUUCGUCUUUAACAACUUCGCAAGUACUGAACCACCUCCCAGCGAAACCAGAUGUAAAUGUGUUUUCGCCACCUCCGAAACUCAAUAUCAACACAUCUGAAAGCUCUAACCUUGACAGCGAGGCUACACGAUACCCAUCUUCGAUCAUCAGAGACUACAUCAAACCACGCGACUCUUCUCAAGCGUGGGACCGUGACGUUCACCUUCAUGAGUUUGUGGUUAUCCGCAACUACACUCGAAGACUAGGAGACGAGUUGACCCUUCGCAUUGGUGACCGAGUCGCCGUACACACUGACUUCCCUGAUGGCUGGUCGGAGGUAUCGAUUACAAAGUAUGCUGCCGAGCUGACUGCUUCUGACAGAAAGAACGAUCGUGAUCGCGGUGUUGUCCCAACUAUUUGCAUACACAAGAUCUAA